CACUCUUCACGAUACACUUAUUUGCUACAAAUAUGUUUGUCUUUUUAUUCAAAUGAAACCUUAAUAUGAUUCGACCGAUUAAACAAUUUACGCAUAUUUCCUUUCAUUGUGAAAAAAGUUUUGGAUUUGCAUUGGAGCGAAGCCUGAGAUUAUAUCUAUUAAAAUUGCACUAAGAUUGCCUUACUGAUAAGAGUAUUGAGUCAUGUUGUGUAUUAAGUAUGUGGCCUUCAGCAAUAAUCUUCAAUUGCAUAAUGAACUUACUGUAUAAUCCAGUACUCAUGUUUGAUGCAAUUUUAGCGAUUCAAAUCAAAAAGCUGGAAUUUUAUUGUACAUAAUAGAGUUAUGAUAAUUUUGAAUAGGAAAUAUUUGUUCAUAAACAUAUGCUUUGUAUGCCCUCGGUAGGGUGGCAUGAGGCAGCCGUAUAGCCCUGUCGUAAAGGCAUAAAGCCCUGUCCGUCCGUACGCCCGGCAUUCCGUUUCAAGAGGUUUAGAUACUUACCUGAUUGGUUGUGUAUGAGUCUACCUACAUGACUUACAGAUCAUUUUCAAGUAUCGUUCCGGUCCAUUGAUUGUUUAUAAAGUGACGGCCUUAUUCUUUGAAUUACAUCCAAAACGCAAUCAUGUCUUAUUAAACAAUAUUUGAAUUUAAGUUUGGAAAGUCGAUGAGCGUUUACAUUCAUUUAUCUUCAUAGUAAUAAUUAGAUAAAAUAAUGCUGAUACAUUUUUUUUAGAUUUUCAGAUAAAAGUACAAAUAGAACCCCUUUACGAUGUCAUUACUUUCCUAAGGUCGCUUUGAUUGCAGCCGUGCAGACGUCUUUAUUAUUUUCUAAAAGAUAAUUGAUCAUCAAUACUAAUAAAUGAAUAUGAUUAUGUAUAGUUUACUUUUCGAAUAUGAUAAAGAACAGUAAAGGUUUACUAAGGUAAAUGACGUGACGACCGGAUGCUUUUUUAAGUGAGCUAGAUAAAGUUUCAUCUUCUUUUGAAAAGAAAAUGGUGAAAUCGGAUACAAUUUAAUCAAAUUUUAUCAUUCUAAGUGGGUUCUUACAACACAAACAAUAUGACUUAUGCGAAUAUUCAGGAGCGCUAAUGUUGCAGGCUACUAACCCGCUAAAACGUACGAUCGUCACCGAUGAAUGAUUUUAAGCUUUCACAGAAUGUUGUCAAAUUGUCACUUUUAUUAUAAAUUAUAAAUAAAUAUCUGUGCUCAUAACUGAGAUAUUAGAUUUUUUUUUAAGUAUUGCGUUAGAAUAGGUUCCAUGUGUUUUCACAUGUUAUCUUGCAUGCAUUAGAACUACACAUUAUUUCAGUGCAUCCAUAUUUAUAAUUAAGUGAUAUUAUGGGCAUUUUUCACUGUUGAAUUGAGCUGAAUAGAAUUAACAGGUCAAAAGAGUUAGUUAAAAUGUGGUAACUAACCAGUUAUCUGCAACUCAUCUUGCUACCAAUUGUUUAUAAAAAUAUAUAUUAUUUCGAUAUUUUACAUGACUGUACAGUCCUCUAAGCCGAGCGGAAGUGUCUUUUUAUUAGGAUCGGAGUUAGUUUUCGUGUGUUGCAUGAACGAAUCUGCACUAUAACAAAAUUUAGAUUCACAUCGUACAUCGAAUCAUUUCUGCCGUAAGUUUUCAAAACUUACGAACGGUGUAUAUUCAAAUACAUUAGUUUUCUCUUUCCGGGAUAUUGUUUUAGUAUGUUGAUGUUGCAUUAACAAAUAUAAUUGUAUAUGAAAUGAAAACACUAAAAAUAAACAACGGUUGCGAUAGACAUAUAAGCAUAGCAUAUACUGUACAAUGCGCAUAAUAUCAUUUUAAUAUUCAUCGUCAUAUCAAUUAUUUAUUAAUCAAAAGACGUAUUUAUUUUAUACUUACGAUUACUCAUAUUGUUUGGAUGACGAUAAACAUGUAUAGUUUAAAAAAACAUACAGUUUAUGUUUUGUUAUGUUUUACUUGUUUCCUCGUCUUUGUAGGGAAUUUCUGGACGUACAAAGGUUCACUGGGCGCAGACCAUUGGCACCUGGACUAUCCGCACUGCGGAGGCAUACGUCAGUCUCCUAUCGACCUGCAGACCCGAGAUGUUGUCGUGGACCAGACUUACCUCUCACCACUUGUCUUCUCCGGAUAUGACCGGGUCUCAAAUCUCUUUUUUAGGCUCGAGAAUAACGGGCACACGGUGCAGGUGGGUCUCAACGACAAAACGAUGAUGAUAUCCGGAGGAGGCUUAGGGGCCACGUUUGUCGCCGAGCAGUUCCAUUUCCACUGGGGUGCAGUUGAUGAGCGGGGCUCAGAGCACUCAGUCAAUGGCCGUCACUUCCCCAUGGAGAUGCACAUCGUUCACUUUAACAAGAAGUACGGCAACUUUUCCUCCUCUGUUGGCAAAGUGGACGGCCUGGCAGUUCUUGGCUUCUUUUUUGAGAUUGGGCGAUUCAAUGAACAUUUCCAAGAAAUAAUCGACCAUUUUGGCGAAAUCCAGUUCAAAAAUCAGCAUAUCAAUAUCAACUCUAUCCCUAUGAUAGACCUGAUGCCUGCCCGCCUUACCAACUACUACCGCUACCACGGCAGUCUGACCACACCCCCUUGCUUCGAAAGUGUCACUUGGACCAUUUUCAAUGAAACCAUUGAAAUAGCAGAGGAACAGUUGGUAGAAUUCCGUACAACCAUCUUCGAGAACGACAAGAGCGACGGCGGCGUUUUCAUGGAUAUUUCUGAUGACUACCGGCCCGUUCAGUGCAUGUUUCGACGCCGACUGUACGCCAGCCACCCAUCCCUGAAAUACGACAUGGCGUCCCCACGAGAAAACGGAAAUGACGGUGUCUCCAAUCAGCCGACCCGUCUCCUCUUUAGCAUGUUUUUGGUUUGCAUAUGGUGUAUACUUCCGUUUUUCUCUUUCUAACAACAAUUAUACAGUUUCAUUGUUAAACCGUUUGUCUAUCUACGCGCAUAGAACUUGAGAGUAAUACUUUUUAAAAACAGGAUAACAAUUGAAAGCUGCUUGCGUGAAUAAAAGUUACCCAUCCAAAUUGCAGAGUACAAAAGUCAUAACAUCAAUGUAUCCCCCGAGCUUUUGCGCAAAAAGAUGCCAGCAAAUUACAUGCAGUAUAUUAAAUGUUUGCUUCGCAUGGAUAUAUUAUUUACUUCCAUAUGAGCGAUCGUUUUUAAUAAAAAUAAGAUUGGAUUUAUUUUGAAUACGUGUUGAUUGAGUAACCUUUGGCUAUGUUUAGUCCAUUAUGCGUCAUUAAAAAGAUUAUUGAGUUUUAUAAUUUACAAAUAUCUGUCAAAAAGUAUUAUUAUGUGUUUCAAUGCACGUGAAUUAAUUACACCUUUUUAAUUGUCAAACUUAUACUAUAUUUACUAUUUGUUUUACAAAAUCGGUUUGUUAUUUUAUGUGGUCAGAACAUCUAUAUUUUCCAUGUAUUUUGCAAGUGUGGCCAUGGCCUUUCUACAAACCUACUUGUUAUUAUACUUCAUUGUUGUUGUUUUUAGAAACAACACGUAUUUGGAAAUAUCUUUAUUUAUGUUAUGACUAUGAAACUGUGAAUUUUAAAUAGCUAUACACUUUCCUGAACUUUCACCUGAAAAAGAAGCAUAAUGUUGUUACUAUUUAUUUGUUUCAUUCUCUAAAGUUUUAUCGCAUAUUUCUGUUUAGGGUUUCUACCAUCAUUCAAAGUCACGUACACCAUUUCCAGUGCUGCGUUCUGUCGUAAUUCGUCUUUUAUUAUAUGCAUGUUCGUGUUAUAUAAAUACAUGCCAUUAUUUUAUCUUUGUAUACGCGAGCAUGUUCAUUUAUUUAUAUAUCGAGCAUCUGAAAUUAAUUAUACCGUAUAAAUUAUUUCAAUUAAAUGUAUUUCAGAA